UUUACUGUUCGUCCCUAUGUUGACCCAAUAAUCAAAUAAGUUCACUCCAUGUUAACCUUUAAUUGGAUUCGUUCAAAUCAAACCAAUUAUAAAAAGUGAUCAUAUGAGCAGAAUUGGAAAUUUCAUUUCAUUUUAUUGUUUUUAAUCAUCAAAGCUUAAAUAUAUGUAUACUUGGUCUUACUGCUUUUUUAACUUCACAUGUUUAUCUGUAUCAUCCUUUGGUUGAACAGCACAGGGACCUGAAACGCUUAUUCUUGUCUGCAUUCUAUCAUGUGGGUGAAUCUCACUUGGUCUACAACAUGAUGUCACUCUUAUGGAAGGGGAUCCAACUGGAAACCUCUAUGGGAAGCACUGAAUUUGCCUCCAUGGUUGUUGCAUUGGUUGGCAUGUCCCAGGGUAUAACGUUGCUGUUAGCCAAAUCUCUUCUUUUGAUUUUUGACUACGACAGACCUUAUUACUUUGAAUCUGCUGUUGGAUUUUCUGGUGUUCUCUUUGCCAUGAAAGUUAUCCUCAAUUCUCACUCAGAAAACUAUACUAAUGUAUAUGGAUUCAUAGUCCCAGCCCGUUAUGCUGCUUGGGCAGAAUUGAUUCUUAUCCAGAUGUUUGUACCUGGUGUCUCAUUUCUUGGCCACCUUGGUGGUAUCCUUGCUGGGAUUCUCUAUUUGAAGUUGAAGACUGGGUAUUCAGGUUCAAACCCGCUGACAAUGUUCAUUAGAGGUGUUACUGGUGCAUUGAGAUGGCCUUCAAGGUUUGUACGGUAUUUGUUUCGACGACAGAGGAUUUCUGGUAGGGGAACUGUUGGUCGGACUCACACCAGAGGUACUUUACCCAGCACAUGGAGAUGCCAAGCAUGUACGUUUGAUAAUUCUGGCUGGUUAAACAUGUGUGAGAUGUGUGGAACAAAUCGAAGUGGCAAUGAAUUGCCAUCUGACUCUGGAGUCAUUUCCUUGGAAGAAUUACGCCGUAGAAGAGUUGAAAGAUUUGGUUGACAAUCUUUCUCCAUUGACUUAAUGGGGUGAUUCUGACUUACCAACCUUUGUAAAAAGAUACAGUUGCAAUAACCAUUGCAAAUCAUGCUGCUGAGAGAGUUUCAUGUGAAUCUAGUUUUCCCCUUCAUUCCUAUGGAUCCUUAUUUGAUUGCUGCUCCGAAAUAGUUAUGUUUGACUUUGUCAAGUCUGUCAUGUUGGCUACCUAAUUUGGCUGAUCAUUUUUGGUUUAGUGGUAAUAUGUCGUGAACUUUGGUAUGU